AUGGAGUACAUCUAAAAAAUGAUAAGACCUUUUACAGAUCGUUCUAAUUACUACGUGUAGCAACCUAACUCUUUUAAAAGGAAAGAAUCAAAACACACUCAUGAUCCAUAAUCAGUAUUACUAUAUAUCAAGCAGAUCUUUUUCACUCUUCAAACACAAUAGGUUUAUUAAGUAUUCUAAUCAUUUUAGAAUGUAAACAUGUCUUUUCUUAAUCCAAAUUAUUUUUCAGAUAUUCAAUCUGAUCUCAAUCCAGAAAUGAGAGCUUAAAUGGUAAUUCUCUCUUUAUAACCUUAAUAGAUAGAUGAAGUUCAUAAGUUAUGUACAGCACAUAAGGCUUAAAGAAGAACUUUCCAUCAAACCAUUUAUUUACUAGAUGUUUAUUUAAGUACAAAUAGAAUAUUUACCGCUCAAAUCGAUUCUAUAUAUAAGACAUGUUAUUUUAUAGCUUCAAAAUAUGAAGAAGUAUUUUAUUAAUAUAUAUUAGAUUUAUCCAAGUCCAUUAUGGAGAUAUACAUAUGAUAGAGAUGAAAUGUAAGAGAUAUUUUAGAUUGAAAAAGAAUUAUUAUCUUUAUUAGAUUUUAAAUUGGUUACAGCAUCCUCUUAUGUUUGGUUAAAUUAUUAUUGGACCAUAAUUACAAUAGCAGAGAAAACAUAAAAUUGGUUAACUUAUUCCUUACUCUUGUUGGAUGUUGCUGUUUAUAAUAUCAAUAUCAUAAAAUAUGAACCAUCUAAAAUUGCUUGUGCUUCUCUUUAUACAAGUGCUAUAAUGUUAAAUAUAUAAAUGAAUUGGAAUAGUUUUGCAUCUUAAUUUGGACUCCAUUUCUAACAUGAAAUUAAAGUAAUCAUAAAAUUUAUAAAACUUAGGAAAUAUCUAAUUUAAUUAUGAUAACUUUAAAAGACAGUGUAAAUUAAAAAAGAGAAAUUGUUAAACAUAUGUAAUUGUAGAAAGAUAGAGAAUUUUAUUGA